AUGUUUAAUUUAAUAAAAAAAAAUAAUUUAAAUUAUUUAAAUAAAAUAAAUUACAGAUUAAAUAUAAUAAACUAUUUAAACCAUCAUAAUAAUUACAAUAAUAAUAACAAUAAUAAGAGUAAUAUAUUAAAUAAUUUAGAUAUUAAAAAUAGGAAUUAUUCAACAAAAAAAAAGAAUGAUGAUCAAGAUGACGGUAGUGCAAAUGGUGGAGGCAGCAAAAUUUUAGAUAUUGUUAUGGACACUUUUCAAAAAAAUGGUUUAAAUUUCGAUGAUUUAAAAAAUAUAAAGGAUCUUAAAGAUUUUAAAAAGUUCAAUUUAGACAAAGGAAUUGAUUUAGAAAAUGACGUAAAUACCGAAGAUAUCAAAACCGAAGAUUUAUCAAAAGAUGAUAUCAGUGAAGAAGAUUACAGUGAGGAUUACAGUGAGGAUGACAGCGAAGAUGUCGAUGAUCAUGACAAUAAUUCACAAGGCCCAAAAGUAACAUUUCUAUAUAAGCCAUGGAUAAAGAGACCAAAAUCAAUUUUUCCAAAAACCACAAUAAAUAUAAAGAAAAAAGUUAAUGAAAAAAUUUUACUCGAAAAUCAAUUAAAACAAUUAACAAAUAAAUUUUAUAAAGAACAAGAAGUUGAAAAAGCAAAACAAAAACCAGUAAAAGAUAUAAAACCAACAACAGAUCAACAACAACAACCAAAACCACAACAACCACAACCACAACCACAACCAAAAACAGAUAUAUUUGGGUUUGGAGUAAAUAAUAUUAAAAUUGAUAAAAUGUAUGAAUUAAAAAAGAAAGAAGAGGAAGAUAAAAAGAAAAUUGAAGAAGAAAAAAACAAAUUAGAAAAAGAAAGAAUUGAAAAACAAAGAAUUGAAAAAGAAAAAGAAUUGAAAAGAAUUGAAAAGAAAAGAAAAUCAUUCGAAAAAAAAUCAUAUAAAAUAUCAACCGAAACUAAAGAUAUUCAAAAAGAAAGAUUUAAAAAAGCAAGUAAUAAAAUUUAUAAAAAAAUUAAACUAUUAGAAUUAAAAAGAAGUAAAAACAGGGUAUCAAAUAAAAUUAAAUCGAGCAAUCUUUCAACUAUCAAGUUCAACAAAACAGAUCCAUUCCAACACCACUUUAACAUGACCGAUUUAGAGCAAAUUUUAGAAAAAUAUAAAACUUUAACUAAAUCAUCCAUUAACAAUGCAGCUGAAUCACUCUCAUUCAAAGAUAGACUACAGUUACAUUUAUAUUCAUUCCAAAUUUAUCUCCAAGGCAAUUUAUUUAAGGAAUCAACACCCACUACAAUGCUAUAUAAUAAUCUAAAUAAGUUAAUAUUAAAUGAUCAAGAUAAGAAAGUCAUUGAGGAAGCUUUAGACCAAGAAGACUAUUUCAAACUUUUCGAAAAAACUAGAGAGUACCACCAAACCAACUUUAUUCAAGAUAACUUAGCGAUAUCGUAUGCUUUUCAGUAUUUAAAAAAGAAUUCGAAACUAUAUAGAUUUUUCCAAUUAUUAGAAAGCAUUAGUAUAAAUCAACAUAUUACACCAACAGACUAUAGUGAUAUGGUUCAAGCAUUUUUAAAUCAAGACCAAAUUACAUCAGCCGAAAUGCUCACUUCAAACAUGGAGUCUUAUUUCCAAGAGUUUUAUCCAGAGGUAUUUAUUCAUUACUAUGAGCACUUUAAAAAGCAAAAAGAAAAUACUACAACAUCUCAAGUAUUCGAUGAAUUUAUGGGUAUAUUUAAUCAAUUCUCUGCAAACGAAAAGGAGUAUAUGUUGUUGUAUAACCCAAUUAUAGAAAGAGAGAAAAGUAGAUUGGCUAGUUUAGGCGAACCGUUAACAGAAGAGGCCAUCAAUAGGGCAAUUAGAGAGAACCCGAUAAACAACUCCAAACAACUAAGAACUUUAGAACUAUAUAAACCAAUUUUAAUCCAUUGCUAUAAAAAUAGUGACAUUGAAUUUGCAGAGAUGCUCGAAUAUAAAAUGGAAAGAGAAGGUAUUCAAUUAGAUUUAGAAACAUUUAAUAACAAAAUCAAAUAUCAAGCUACUGAGGGUCUCUAUUUGAACGAAGAUAAUUUAUCAGCAUUGGCAUAUAACUAUAAACCAAGUAAAAAGAAAGCAUCCAGUGAUAAAUUUAAAGGCAACAGUCAAACAUUCAUGGCAAUUCUCUAUCAUCACCUAAUUGUUGAAAAAGAUGUUAAAAACUCUUUAAAGAAUUUAGAGCAAUUAAAAAAGAAAUGGAACUUUAAAUUAAACAAAUUUGUAUUAAAUCAAUUAAUUUGGGGUUUAUCAAGAAUUAACAAUAUUAAAGAAUCAUUAAAUUAUUAUAAUCAACUUAAACAAAUCAACGCCACAUUAAAAUCAAAUAAUAGUAAUUAUAGCGAUAAUAUGAAUGACUCGGUAUUACUUUAUUGUAUGUCCUAUUACAACUAUCCUUCAGAUGCCUUAAUAAAUUUCAUAAAAGAAAAUAAUACUCAAAUAAGUAAACCAAUUUUAGAUUUAAUAACUUUUGGUUAUUUAUUAAAUAAUAAAUCCAAACAAAUAAAUAAUUUUAAAAUAAAUCAAGAAAUUAAUAAUAAUAAUAAUAAUAAUAAUGAUAAUAAUGACAGUAAUAAUAAUCAUCAUAAUAGCAAUAUAAAUAAUAAUAAUAUUGAAAAUCUAAUUGAAGUUUUAGAUUAUUUAUCAAACGAAAAAUCUAUUAUCAUUGAUACUACUUUAGUUCAGUUUUUAUUAGGCAGAUUAACAGAUUUAAAGAAACAAUAUAAUAUCAAACCAUCAAAAAAUCAUUUAAUUUUAUUAAAAAAUUUAAUAAAUAAUAAUAAAUAA